AUGCUAUGGUUCUUGCGCAUUUACAUGGCCGUGGGCUUGCGGAAUGCUCUGUUCCAAGUGCUGGUGGGGUGCUGCACUCCGGCAGCUGCGGGCGAAGGCAGGCCAACGGCAGUGUGCAUAGCUGGCAGCUUGCAAAGGGCCGACACAGCAAUGUCCACUGAGGAAGGGGCCCCAUGUGGAUUGCCCAGCUUGCAUGGAUUGCCAAGCUUUCGAGCGUUGGAUCGAUUCGUGCUGGAGCCUUUGGAUGCCGAUGCCUUCUACUUUGUGUCGCUGGACUCUGGCCGACUGCUUCCCACCAGCUUUAAUGACUACGUCAGCUCAUCGUCGCGCAUUCAAGUCGUCCAGGUCGACAAUCAAACUGGCCAUGUGAGUUGGUUGGCAAAGCUGCGGCAGGGCCACGUGAAGAACACGUCCUUCCUGCCCUAUCUUCUGCAAGGUCGCAACACGAGGCCCUUCCGGAAUCAAGCCAUGAACAGGCAGUGGGCUCAGUGCAUGCAAGCUCUUCGGGGCAUCGAAGAGAGACGAGGUUCCAUGUAUCGGUACGUGGCGUUCACGCGUGUGGACCUGAUGUGGUUUGCCGGACAUCCCGGCCUCCAUCUUCUGGACGCGAGCAAGUGCGAAGAUCGUCCAACUGUUUGGGCCCUGGACGCGCAUGAGCACUUGGGAUUAAGCGACCGGUAUUUCAUUAUGGAGCGUGCUGGUGCUUGGAUAAUGGAAAGAUUCGUUGACAUAUUAAAUUCCUUUGACAUGCUUGAGGGCGUAAACCGUUUUGCGAGAGAGCGGACGUCUCCAUCUGCAUCAGCGCCACUCAACUAUGAACGCUUCCUGCUGCAAACAAUGCAAUUUGCCGGGAUUUGCGUGCGCCACAUGACCUCUGUAGCUUCGGCAGGCUACUUCUUCUGCCACUUUGCCAGUAUUUGGCAUCAGGCCGGUACCUGGGAAGCCAGCACCAGGGCUUACUUGCGGGUGGCACAUUGUGGGCACGUGCCUAAGGCUUGCUGCCGACGUGACACGUUGGAUUUCGGCGGUGAUCUGUGGUGCUCACACGGGCUGUGGCGGCGACACGGACAGUGCAGGCGCUACCAAGGUAAGCUAGGCUUACCGAAAUAUCCCGGAGAUUGGGUCGUUGAAAGGAAGCAAAAGGACAAUGACAGAAUGUGCUGGGGAGCUUUUGACUUUGUCAGGCACUGCUGUCAGCAGCCACAUGUCAGCAUUCAGCUCAGACCGUCCAAAGCACAGCUUCACGCCUGGGCGGAGCAACGCCAGAUGGAUGGGCUUGAUCCAGGGAUACAGACAGAGAAUCCUAAUGCCACGUGGCACUGCUUCCACUGGCCUGAACAUACAAAUGUGACGCGGGUGCCAUGGCAUUCGAUUGCUACAUCCCAGUGCUAUGACCUGAACAUGCUGUUGUGA